CAACAUUCUGGCCACUCCUUCACCCUUUUAGCAUACCAGUGGCCAGCCAACUCUAUUGUUUUCUUUUUCUUUUCCACUCAUAACUUCAGGAAACUCCGUCAUGGAGAUUUAAGCGAAAGUGCACUCCGACCCAGCUGGCUGCUCUUUCCUCAUCUCUUUUUUACUCAGAUACGCACCCGUCCAGUACAACACGAACCUCCAUCUUUGCAACCUACCUACCGUACUGUAUUGGAGACGACGACACGCGCCCUAUCGCUAAUAACGAACGCCCCCUCUAACCCCCCCCGCCUCGCUCAUCCGUGAAAGGGAGCGGGAUAAAGUUGCUCUUCAUGGUGGGCCUCGGCGAUCUCUCUUCCGGUGCCCAGAUUACGAUAGGUGUAUGUGUCGGGGUGCUGUCGACGAGUGUGCAGAGCUUGGGUUUAACGCUGCAGCGCAAGUCUCAUCUGCUGGAAGAUGAUCGACCCCCGCAUAUCAAGAAGCGGCCACCGCAUCGCCGGCGAAUGUGGCAGAUUGGAAUCCUACUAUUCAUAGUGUCUAAUAUCUUGGGUUCCAGUAUUCAAAUUACCACCUUGCCACUGGUCAUUCUCUCACCGCUGCAGGCUUCGGGCUUGGUCUUCAACUCUAUCUGCGCGACUUUAAUCCUGUCGGAACCGUUCACUCGGUACUCGCUGAUAGGAACCAUUCUCGUGUGCAUUGGCGCCGCGCUAAUCGCGGCGUUCGGGGCGAUGAAGGAGCCCGCGCACAGUCUUGAUGAGCUGCUGGAUUUGUUGGCGAAGAAGACGUUUUUGUCGUGGAUGGCGUGCACGGCUUUGUUGGUUUUUGGGAUUCUUGGGGCGACGAAAGCGAGUUCAAUUUUACGGCCUAGACUGAAACAUACUGCCAAGAUGAGGAUGGUUCGGGGCGUUGCAUAUGGCUGCGUUAGUGGAAUACUAUCAGCUCACUGUCUCCUCCUGGCCAAAUCCGCUGUCGAGCUCCUUGUUCGCACAAUAGUCGACCGACACAACCAAUUCAACCGCUGGCAAUCCUGGAUGAUCCUACUCGGCCUUGCAGCCCUCGCGCUGACACAGCUAUACUACCUCCACCGCGGACUAAAGCUUUGCUCAACUAGUGUUCUAUAUCCUCUUGUUUUCUGCGUAUAUAACAUAAUCGCUAUCUUAGACGGUCUUUUGUAUUAUAGACAGGCAUCCAGACUCACGCUGUUACACGGCUGCUUGAUUGCCCUUGGCACUGCCAUCCUCUUAACCGGCGUUCUUGCCCUCUCCUGGCGCCUAAAUCAAGAACAAACGGGCCCGUCCGCAGGCGCCGCAGGCGCGCUCUCUCCCGGCAUAGGUUUCAUAGACACCGACUCCUCAGAUCCUUCGACAGACACUGAAGGAGAGAGCUCAGAAAUCGACACAAACCAGCAACUCCUCUCCCCGUCAUCUCCAUCCGCCCGCAGCAAGUUCCUAAAACGGAGGCGUGCACUGUCGGAAGUGGAAGAGAUCUGGGGAGAACUCCAAGACGAGGGAGGACUCCCAAGGGAUGAAGAAGAGGCUGGAAGCGACGUUGAUGAGGGCACGAGUCUGUUAAGGAAGGGCCCGGGUGGGAGGAGGUAUACCCGGAAAGGGAGCUACAUUGGUCGUGGUGGCUCCGGCAGGAGCUCUAGGAAAGAGAGGAUCUUGCAAGGCGCGAUAGGAGGCUGGUGGAAACUGAAAUGGUGGAAAGAGGGAAAGGAAGGGAACCCCGGUUGUCGUCGUGGACAGAGUGAUGAUGGUGAUGACACGCAGGAUGGAGGUGGAGGUGGUGGAGAUUGAUGUGAUGUGGGAAGAGGGGGAUAGUAAUAAUGAUACUAACCCCCAGCGAUGAAACCAACGGAUUCCAUUUUGGCUUUUCAGACCCUCGUUGCUUCUACUACUUCUUGCUAUGAUAAAUUCCCAUCUCUUUUAUUAUCACUAUUUUAUCCCGCCUGUUCUGUUAUUUUCUGUUCCGUUCCGUUCUACUUUACUCGAGUCGGAGCGUGUAUCUUAGCUGUGUUCUACGCGGCGUUUGUCGUUCAUCAUAUGUAUUUUGUUGUGCAUGGGUGCCAUUUUGUUUCCCCGGUCCGGUCAGUGAUUACCACAAGACCUAUCCUUUUUCCUUUUCCUUUUCCUUCCCCCCCCUCGGAGUGUGAGAUGAAUGGUGUACGACGGGUAUAGCUAGUUAAGUUGGUCAGCCAGGCAAGUGGAUGUGUAUGUAAGGUUUAUACUGUACUCUACAAAGAAACGGAACGAAAA